UUCGACUCAUUGCAAAAUCGGCACUAGACAAGUGCAGACAUGUUCACAACAAUUUUGUGCACGUGUGUCGUAUUUCUGAUUUCCUGCUUAGUGUAUUUCAAAUACAAAAAUAAACAAGAAUACUGGAAGAGAAAGAAUGUGCCGCAUUUAAAGCCCGUGCCUCUGUUGGGCAACUACAAGGACUUUAUACUAUUGAAGGAGAUCACAGGGGUCAUCUUGCAGCAGAUCUGUGAGAAGUUCCCCAACGAGCCAUACAUCGGCGCCUAUUACGGCACGGACCCCGCUCUAAUCAUCCAAGAUCCUGAACUCAUCAAGCUUGUGAUUACGAAGGACUUCUACUACUUCAGCGGGCGGGAAGCGUCUGACUAUUCGGAAAUGGAAACGGUUACCCAAAAUGUAUUCUUUACGUGUUGCGACAAAUGGAGGGUCUUGCGGCAGAACCUGACCCCUUUGUUCACCACGGCCAAGAUGAAGAACAUGUUUUAUCUGAUAGAGAAGUGUGCUCAUGUCUUCGAAAAUGUGUUGGAGGAGAAAGUGUACGCCCCUAAGACGGUCACUAUAAGCGAGUUGAUGGCUUCCUUCACAAUGGACUGCAUCGGGACAUGCACCUUCGGCGUAGAAACGAACGUCAUGACCGAACCUAUGAACAACCCUUUCAGGAACAUUGGAACUGCGAUAUUCGAGAAAUCAAACUUCCGUGGAUUCAAAAACAUGAUGCGCAGUUUAUGGCCGCGAGCGUUUUACAUUUUCGGCUUCAGAUUUUUCCCUUUAGAAUUAAACGACUUCUUCGUGAAGUUACUCACUGCUGUCUUCGAGAGUCGUCAGUACAAACCGUCACCGAGGCAAGACCUGGUCGAUCUUGUAUUAACUUUGGCAAAUAAAAGCUGUAUCGCUGGAGACACCGUUCCUGACUUCAAAACUGGUGAAGUUAAGAAGACUACGAUGGAAGUAACAAAUGAUUUACUAGUGGCUCACUGCGUGGCGUUUUUUGGCGCUGGAUACGAAACAUCAGCAACCACAUCUAGUUUUACACUGUACGAGCUUGCUAAACACCCAGAAAUUCAAGAGAAAGUGCUUCAAGAAGUGGAUGCGUACUUUCAAAAGAACAACAACCAGCUGAACUACAACCUUGUAUCUGAACUGCCGUACUUAGAUGCCUGCAUCGAUGAGGCACUGCGUUUCUACCCGGUCCUUGGCAGUCUGAACCGCGAGGCUAUGGCUGACUACACGUUUCCUACAGGACUCACAGUGGAGAAGGGGAUGCGAAUUCAUAUUCCAGUGUAUUACCUCCAGCGUCAUCCGAAAUACUUCCCAGAGCCUGAAGAGUUCCGUCCGGAGAGAUUUCUAGGGGAUGAGAAACUAAAAGUGAAUCCCCACGUGUACAUGCCGUUUGGAGGAGGCCCCAGACUUUGUAUAGGUAAGCGGUUCGCGAAAAUGCAGAUGCUGGCGGGACUGGUGACUCUGUUGAAGAACUACAAGGUCGAGUUGGACCCCACCACACCACUGAAAGUCCAGUUCGACCCUCGCAUCAUAGUUACUCACCCUCGAGUCCCUAUCCAAGUGAAACUGGUACCCCGUAAAAUAAAGUGAUUUUAGAAAUUACAAAUGUAUUUUUGUCGAAAAAUAUUAGAUAAAAAGAUGUAAUAAAA